AUGCUAUCCCUUCCACUCCAGACUCUGUCAACAGCACAGGACACCGACGCCAGCGAGCAGAGGUUCAACUGGCAGAAAGAGACCAAUGACCUCACACUCAUCAUCGACAGAUAUGGUGCGCGCGGGGGUCUUCAGCUCAUGAAACUGUGUCAAGGCUCGCAGGUUCGGCAAACCAUCGAAAUUGAGAGACUGAUCAACCAAGGCAAUCACAUUACGCGUCUGAGUGAAGAGCGCGGAGUGCAGGUGCAGCCCGACCACCUACACAUAUCCGCCAUUGUGCGCUGCCCUCUGCUCGCUAUCAAAUGGCAAGUGGCCAACGACAAGAUCAGGCGCAUCCAGAUGAGGUUCAAGUCGGACAAAGACUUCGAUACCGCCUUCAGCCACCUCCUUCAUCUCGGUCUCUACAUGGGCGGCCAAAAGGCUGUCCCGUCUCAGCCAAGCCGAAGCGCAACCAGCAAGGAGAUCGAACUCCCACCUCUGCCCCAACCCACUGUCAUCAGCAAGACCGCACGUGGAAAGCAACCAAUGCAACAGCCUCCUCGCACACCGAACCAAGAUCAGUACAUUCCUGCACGCGCAAAGACAUCUCCACAUGGCGGCAUCGAGAAUCAGUCACCGUUAACAUCGUCUCCAAUCUCCUCUCCGCUAGCAGCGCUCAACGAGUUCGUCUACCGCCACCUGGAAAGCGACGACUUCCUCACGCUGGUCCAAGACAUGGAGGCGACUUGGGCGAGAGUUGUGAUGUGA